AGUAUUUUCUUCUUUCCUGGUGGGGAAAGGGGGUGGAGAUUGAGGAAAGAAAAGCCAGGGCAGGGAUGAUUGGCAUGGGGCCCCGCCUUCUUUUGUCCUCCUACCCUGGUCCUCCGGCCCCUUCAGGGAAAUACACCUGCUUCAGGCCAGCAGCCAGGGGGACAGGCUUCUGCUCACCUCUGCUCCUCACACCACUGCUUCUGUGCUGCGGAGCUUCCCCAGGGGAGCCGGACGGACUCUUGCUGGAGCCAUGAGGGGGGUCCCCUGGGUGCUCCUGAGCUGCUUGUGUUGCUGCCUCCUUUGGCCAGGGGUCCCAGGAAAUUCCACAACAGUGACAACACCACUUACCUCAAGUGAAUACAGCCCUAAAAAGAGCACUUCUCAGGAGACAACCCAUUCAAGUGAAACAACCACCUCAUCCCCUUCCAGUGUCAGCAACAUACCCCGGACAACAUCAGAGGUGCACAGGACAUCAACCUCCACAGACACCACUCUAGAAAACACAGGAGAGACAUCAACAACUGAAAGAGGAAGACUUACAUCACUCACCCUAGAGAUCUCAAUGACAAUGGCACAAGAAACACCAUCAAAAACAUCUUCAAGGAUAUCUACUCAGGAAACAAUGGAAUUUUCUCAGAAUUCACAGACUCAAAGCAUGGAGACCACCAGAGAAUCUCAAGCCAGCACCCUCACGCAGGUGACCACAUCAACACUUUCAUCCUCUUCCAAUGGGCACACUCUAACUGAGACCAUUUCUCAAGACACGUCCCAUUCAAGUAAAACAACCACCUCAUCCACCUCUGUGAUCAAUAAUACAACCCUGAUGACAUCAGAGGUGCUAAAAACAACAAACUCUGCAGACCUCACUCUAAAAACAACAUCAACAUCUGUAACGGGUAGUAUAAUGGCAUACCCCUCAGCAGUCUCACUAACAGAUGCACCAGAAGGACAAUCAACAGCAACUUCUUCAAGAACUCCCACCCAGGAGAUGCCAGAAUCUUCCCAGAGCCAUCAGACUCAGAGCACAGACACAACCAGAGAACGAGAAGCUAGUACCUGCCCACAGGUUACCAUAGCAAAUCCUCCAUCUACUCAAUAUGGACACCAUCUCACUGGGACUAUUUCUUCGACCAUUGCCCACAUAGGUCACACUCAAGCCACACAGACCGCACAAGAAUCCCAAACCAUGAGGUUGGUCUCCCCCGUGACUGACACCAUCAAGAAAGUCACAACUACAGCUUCUUCUUUUAUACCCAGUGGAUACUCACCCUCAGGAAGUGUUCCCCAGGAUGCAUCCACCCCAGGUAAAGUGACAACCUUCACCCCAGCACCCUCUGGAGAUGGUCACACAACCCAGGCCACAACCACAGGAUUGUGGGCAGCAUCAACCAGCCCUGACAUCUCUCUGGAACGCUUAGGAGGCACAUCACUUUCUGUAACAGGCACCAUUCCUCAGGUCACUACUGUAGUCUCAACAGCGGGGGGUCCAGGAGGACAAUUGACAUUGCCUUCUGCCAGCACCUCACCUGAUGUCACACCAGCCAUUACCCAAGCCCAUCAGACUCAAAGCACAGAGACAUCUGGAGAAGCACAGACCAGCAAACAGGCCUCCUCCAUAUCACACACCAUCUCAGCAGGCACAGCUACCCCUUCCUCAUCCAUGGCAAGCGACAGAACAACGUCAGGAAGUGUGUCCUCAGAAACGCCCACCUCAGGUGGAUUCUCAAGCUUCUCACCGACUCCCUCCAGUGACAGCCAAACAACUCAGGGGACAACUGAAUUCUUGUCUACCUCAACCAGUCAUGAUACCAGUCCAGGAGAUGAGGGAAUGGUGUCUGUGAUUGUUCCCAGCACCUUUUCCACCACCUCUAAGGUCUCAAUUUCAGAGAAACUGACAGAACAGUCAAGCACAACUUCUUCUGGCACCUCUCUUCAGGAAAUGUCAGCCAUUCCCUACAUGCCUCAGACCUGGAGUAUGGGAACUAGCGGAGGAUCUGAAACCAUGGGCUCAGGGUCCUCCCAGGUGACUGACAUCUCCUCAACGGUCACAUCCCCACCUCUUUUAUCCUCACCAAAUGGACUCACAUCUCCACAAACUGAGACCCACACCCUGUCACCUUCAGACAGCAGCAAAACCCUCAUCUCCACCCCAUUCAGUGAAAGCCACCAGAGCCACACAAUAAUGCCCACCUUGUCACCUGGGACUAUGGGAGGGCCACCUGGUGUCGGUUCCACCACCUUGAGAGCUGUGGCCUCUCAUUCUCCUUCCACAGUUUUGUCCACCACUGAAGAAGUUCUGACAUCAAGCACAAGCUCAGUCACCCAAGAGAACAUGACUACAGUGGUCAUUCCCCCUGUACAUUCUGGCAGCAUCUCUUUGACAAAUACCACCCAAGUCCCCACCUCCUCAGUAGGCAUCUCAAGCACACCCAGUUUUCAUCAUCCUGCCACUACUCAAAGGGUAGUCUCUACCACCAGCCCCAAGAUGAGGUCAAGCUCUGUAAUUCCUCCCAAUACCCCCAGCAGUGCAGCAAGCUCCACACUUACUGUGGCAGGUGAAUCUACCUCCCACCCAUUAUCCAGGACCAGUCCUGUGACCUCUUCAGAAACCAGCACUUCACAACCAAUGACGGCUGAUGCCUUCACUCACACUCACAUUCCUACCUUUGCGGUGUCUCCAUCCAGUCAUGCUGACCCAGCAACAGAACUGCAGUCUACAGCCACGAAGCCUGUCGCCACCCAAGCAACUGCAACAGACAUCUCAGAAGCUGUUGCUAGGACCACCACCUUUGACAUCUCUGCAACAGCUGGCCCAACAAGGCAGUCAAUGCCAACACCACUUUUUAGCACCAUCUCUGCUCAAGAAUCUUCCACUGCUUUCCCCAUAGGUCACACUCAAGCCACACAGACCACACAAGAAUCCCAAACCAUGAGGUUGGUCUCCCCCGUGACUGACACCAUCAAGAAAGUCACAACUACAGCUUCUUCUUUUAUACCCAGUGGAUACUCACCCUCAGGAAGUGUUCCCCAGGAUGCAUCCACCACAGGUGAAGUGACAACCUUCACUCCAGCACCCUCUGGAGAUGGUCACACAACCCAGGCCACAACCACAGGAUUGUGGGCAGCAUCAACCAGCCCUGACAUCUCUCUGGAAUCCUCAGGAGGCACAUCACCUUUUGUAACAGGCACCAUUCCUCAGGUCACUACUGUAGUCUCAGCAUUGGGGGGCCCAGGAGGACAAUUGACAUUGCCUUCUGCCAGCACCUCACCUGAUGUCACACCAGCCAUUACCCAAGCCCAUCAGACUCAAAGCACAGAGACAUCUGGAGAAGCACAGACCAGCAAACAGGCCUCCUCCAUAUCACACACCAUCUCAGCAGGCACAGCUACCCCUUCCUCAUCCAUGGCAAGCGACAGAACAACGUCAGGAAGUGUGUCCUCAGAAACGCCCACCUCAGGUAGAUUCUCAAGCUUCUCACCGACUCCCUCCAGUGACAGCCAAACAACUCAGGGGACAACUGAAUUCUUGUCUACCUCAACCAGUCAUGAUACCAGUCCAGGAGAUGAGGGAAUGGUGUCUGUGAUUGUUCCCAGCACCUUUUCCACCACCUCUAAGGUCUCAAUUUCAGAGAAACUGACAGAACAGUCAAGCACAACUUCUUCUGGCACCUCUCUUCAGGAAAUGUCAGCCAUUCCCUACAUGCCUCAGACCUGGAGUAUGGGAACUAGCGGAGGAUCUGAAACCAUGGGCUCAGGGUCCUCCCAGGUGACUGACAUCUCCUCAACGGUCACAUCCCCACCUCUUUUAUCCUCACCAAAUGGACUCACAUCUCCACAAACUGAGACCCACACCCUGUCACCUUCAGACAGCAGCAAAACCCUCAUCUCCACCCCAUUCAGUGAAAGCCACCAGAGCCACACAAUAAUGCCCACCUUGUCACCUGGGACUAUGGGAGGGCCACCUGGUGUCGGUUCCACCACCUUGAGAGCUGUGGCCUCUCAUUCUCCUUCCACAGUUUUGUCCACCACUGAAGAAGUUCUGACAUCAAGCACAAGCUCAGUCACCCAAGAGAACAUGACUACAGUGGUCAUUCCCCCUGUACAUUCUGGCAGCAUCUCUUUGACAAAUACCACCCAAGUCCCCACCUCCUCAGUAGGCAUCUCAAGCACACCCAGUUUUCAUCAUCCUGCCACUACUCAAAGGGUAGUCUCUACCACCAGCCCCAAGAUGAGGUCAAGCUCUGUAAUUCCUCCCAAUACCCCCAGGAGUGCAGCAAGCUCCACACUUACUGUGGCAGGUGAAUCUACCUCCCACCCAUUAUCCAGGACCAGUCCUGUGACCUCUUCAGAAACCAGCACUUCACAACCAAUGACGGCUGAUGCCUUCACUCACACUCACAUUCCUACCUUUGCGGUGUCUCCAUCCAGUCAUGCUGACCCAGCAACAGAACUGCAGUCUACAGCCACGAAGCCUGUCGCCACCCAAGCAACUGCAACAGACAUCUCAGAAGCUGUUGCUAGGACCACCACCUUUGACAUCUCUGCAACAGCUGGCCCAACAAGGCAGUCAAUGCCAACACCACUUUUUAGCACCAUCUCUGCUCAAGAAUCUUCCACUGCUUUCCCCAUAGGUCACACUCAAGCCACACAGACCACACAAGAAUCCCAAACCAUGAGGUUGGUCUCCCCCGUGACUGACACCAUCAAGAAAGUCACAACUACAGCUUCUUCUUUUAUACCCAGUGGAUACUCACCCUCAGGAAGUGUUCCUCAGGAUGCAUCCACCACAGGUGAAGUGACAACCUUCACUCCAGCACCCUCUGGAGAUGGUCACACAACCCAGGCCACAACCACAGGAUUGUGGGCAGCAUCAACCAGCCCUGACAUCUCUCUGGAAUCCUCAGGAGGCACAUCACCUUUUGUAACAGGCACCAUUCCUCAGGUCACUACUGUAGUCUCAGCAUUGGGGGGCCCAGGAGGACAAUUGACAUUGCCUUCUGCCAGCACCUCACCUGAUGUCACACCAGCCAUUACCCAAGCCCAUCAGACUCAAAGCACAGAGACAUCUGGAGAAGCACAGACCAGCAAACAGGCCUCCUCCAUAUCACACACCAUCUCAGCAGGCACAGCUACCCCUUCCUCAUCCAUGGCAAGCGACAGAACAACGUCAGGAAGUGUGUCCUCAGAAACGCCCACCUCAGGUAGAUUCUCAAGCUUCUCACCGACUCCCUCCAGUGACAGCCAAACAACUCAGGGGACAACUGAAUUCUUGUCUACCUCAACCAGUCAUGAUACCAGUCCAGGAGAUGAGGGAAUGGUGUCUGUGAUUGUUCCCAGCACCUUUUCCACCACCUCUAAGGUCUCAAUUUCAGAGAAACUGACAGAACAGUCAAGCACAACUUCUUCUGGCACCUCUCUUCAGGAAAUGUCAGCCAUUCCCCACAUGCCUCAGACCUGCAGUAUGGGAACUAGCGGAGGAUCUGAAACCAUGAGCUCAGGGUCCUCCCAGGUGACUGACACCUUCUCAACGGUCACAUCCCCACCUCUUUUAUCCACAUCAAAUGGACUCACAUCUCCACAAACUGAGACCCACACCCUUUCACCUUCAGACAGCAGCAAAACCCUCAUCUCCACCCCAUUCAGUGAAAGCCACCAGAGCCACACAAUAAUGCCCACCUUGUCACCUGGGACUAUGGGAGGGCCACCUGGUGUCGGUUCCACCACCUUGAGAGCUGUGGCCUCUCAUUCUCCUUCCACAGUUUUGUCCACCACUGAAGAAGUUCUGACAUCAAGCACAAGCUCAGUCACCCAAGAGAACAUGACUACAGUGAUCAUUCCCCCUGUACAUUCUGGCAGCAUCUCUUUGACAAAUGCCACCCAAGUCCCCACCUCCUCAGUAGGCAUCUCAAGCACACCCAGUUUUCAUCAUCCUGCCACUACUCAAAGGGUAGUCUCUACCACCAGCCCCAAGAUGAGGUCAAGCUCUGUAAUUCCUCCCAAUACCCUCAGCAGUGCAGCAAGCUCCACACUUACUGUGGCAGGUGAAUCUACCUCCCACCCAUUAUCCAGGACCAGUCCUGUGACCUCUUCAGAAACCAGCACUUCACAACCAAUGACGGCUGAUGCCUUCACUCACACUCACAUUCCUACCUUUGCGGUGUCUCCAUCCAGUCAUGCUGACCCAGCAACAGAACUGCAGUCUACAGCCACGAAGCCUGUCGCCACCCAAGCAACUGCAACAGACAUCUCAGAAGCUGUUACUAGGACCACCACCUUUGACAUCUCUGCAACAGCUGGC